CAUCGGAAUGCCUGCGUCGAAUACAAUGCUACGCAGCGCCGAGGUGCCAUCUGUAUCGCCGAUUGCCGAACGAGUGUGCACUGUACGGUAGGUAGUUCGCUCUCGCCGCUCCCGUUCAGUUGUAUUUUGAAUUCCAACGUUUUUACCGUGAUUCUUUGUUUGCAUCGGUACUUCAAAUCACUGUCGCUAACCACCGACUUCCGACUGCACCGAGGAAAUCAUCAGUAUCGCCGGCCGAUUCACGCCCGAGUCAACCGCUGAUCGCCAACCGCUGUAACUACGUAGGUAUCUGUUACUUCUGUGAUGGCGCCCCCCAAAAAGAAGAUCAAGAUCACCGCAGGUCAUCAAGGACUUUGGGCAUUGAAUGUAUGCGUGGCUUGCAAAAAUCCUUUGAACUCUACUUCUAAGAUAUUGGAAUGUCUUCAUGGCUUGUGCCAACCAUGUUUUAUAUUGAAUUCUAAAGUACCAGGUCAUUUUGUAUGCAAAUGUGGAAAUGAAACUGAACUUUCAACCGGCCUCAUAAAUUAUUCUAUUGCUUGUGAAAAGUUUGAUGAAAGUACUUUAAGAAAUAAUUAUAUGGACCAGAAAUACCAAAAAAAAGAGUAUGAGAAAUAUAAGACGAAUGCCCCGUGUCCAAAUUGCGCUGAUAAAUUCAUGGAGCUAUAUUGCAUAACAUGCAAAAAAUUUCAUUGUGGACUAUGCCAUUUGAUGCAUCAUAGUAGCCACAAAUUUAAAACUAUAAACACAGUUAUGGAGGAGACCCGGUCAAAUUUAUUUAAAAAUAAAGUUGACUUAUGUGGAAAAUCCGAUUUUGUAAAUGAAGCAAAAUUAUGUUUAUUGAAAGAUAUAAAUAUACUAAACACACAGAUGGAUGAAAUAAAAAAAAAAAUAGAUAGACAAUUUGAGGAGAUUCGUGCCGAAUUGUUGAUGAUCGAAAUAAAAAUGAAAAAUGAUGUAAAUACGUUUUACAAAGAAAAAUUGGAGAAGAUUAUUAAAAUUUGUUCGGCAAUAGACAAAUUAACAGAAAAAUAUGAUUUUUAUCUGGAUUUUUCUGAGUCUGUCUUAAAGAAACAGAACAAUGCAGAUCUAGAUAUCACACAUUUGGUCAACAAACAACUGGAGAAUUUAAGAAACAGUUUUAUAGAUGAAAUUAAUGAAUUGGAUUCAACUAUUCCAAAUAUUGAUUUAAAAGGCAAGUUAGACGAUACACUGCAUAAGUUAAAAAAAUCCAUCACAAACAUUAUAGUUGAUGAUCUACACAAAUAUGAAGAAAAAAUUAAUGAAAUUUGCAAGACCAUGAGUAUUACAUCAUGUCCAGGAUACCUCGAUGCCACUAUGAGACAUAAAGCCACCCCGCCAACUAUAGUUGAUGAAAAACAAGUAAAAAUAAUAACCAAAUAUAAUUGCGCCCAACAAGAGAGGAAAAGUUUAACAUCUUUACAUCCAGAUACUAAUGACAAGAUUCAGGUGAUUCAGCAGCUUCACAACCAUUAUUUGCAAAACCGUCUGGAAAACAGUGAAUCAGAGUCAUGGAAUAUAUUUACCACUGCGGAAAGCUGCAGAGAGAAUGAGGGACACCAAAAAAGAUCCCCAUAAAGAAGAAUGAAAAUUUCAAUUUAUUAUUUAAUUAUAAAUAUUUCAAACCUUGAUUUUAUAAUAUACUACUAUACUAAUUACUACCUAAGUAUAGGUUAAAUAACUUAUAUGUAAUAAUUAUAUUAGUUUUUAUAUUGUAAUUUGUAGGUAUAAAUAAUUUAUAAAUUAUAAUAAAAUAAUUGUAUACUGUCUAUUUCUAUAAUACUUUAUGAAAUUUACUUAUAAAUAAUGGAAUACUACAUAAGGGUGUAAAAAGGCUAAAAGGGUUUCAACCGUUUUAAGCAGGGGUCCAUUUUUUCAUUGAAAACUCUCUACAACAUAAACAUUACAUAAUACUUAAUAAUUUUUUUUUAAACCCUCUCUAUUACGAAACUUUACAGUGAAAGAAUAAUCUCCAGGUCCCUUAAGAUUUGUUAUAGAGAGUUUUCACAGUAUUAUUAUUAUUAUUAUUAUUACUUAUUUUAAAGGGCACUACACAGUGCUACACAGACAUUUGUUGUCUCUGAAUUACAUGUGCGUAACAUAGCAUAUUUCAAAUUUAGCUCCUUUUGUUUAAAGUUUUAAGUUAAUUGACCUCUUAUAACAUUUAAAGGUAAGAUUUUUAUCUAGGGUAUCAAAUAUGCUUUUUAUAAUAUUUUAAUUUUAAAGCGAAUUAUAAGUAUUUUAAGAUGUACAAACCAUUUACAAUUUUAAAAUACUCAUAACGCGCUUUAAUUCUAUAACAUAAUAAAAAGUCUAUGAGAUGCCCGAGAUACCUAAUAAUUUUACCUUAAAAUUCUAUAAGUGGUAAAUUCACUCUAAUUUUUAAACUAACUGAGCUAAACAUGAUCUGCUGAGCCUAACAUUUGCUACGUUACGCACUUGUAUAAGACAGAGACAACAAAUUUCUGUGUA